UUCUGCAGAAGGGUGUCAGCAGAUUACUAACAACUUCUUUCCACAUCAGGAAAUGGUUUGACCCAGGCUGUUUGUUCCAAACUGGCUCUUUUUUGCAAGCUGCAGAUUCUGUAUCUGGUGGUGUCUUAGUGGAGUUUCUCUCUCUCGUUCUCUAUCAUCCAGAUUGUUAAUGGAACAGAAACACUUUCUGAGCCGGGGGAAUUCAGCAGUGUGACAAGCAAGGAAUGGCUCAUCAUUCCAAAUCUCCGUUAAGACGCUCCUUCAGCGAACAUAUUAAAGAUUCGACCAACAAAGCAUGGAAUAUAAUCUGGAAAAAUACAAGGGAGAAAAGACUUUCAGAAAUUGAAGCAAAGGAUGCUUGUGACUGGUUGAAAGCUGCUGGAUUUCCACAGUACUCCCAGCUAUUUGAAGCCUCCCAGUUUCCUAUUGAUAUUGAAGUUGUGAAAAAUGAUCAUGAGUUUUUAGACAGGGAUGCCACAGAGUCUUUGUGCAGACGAUUGAAAACAUUGAACAAAUGUGCAAUGAUGAAAUUGGAAAUUGGUAGAGAGAGAAGAAAGAGUGAUGAUUCUGAAGAUGAAGAUCCUUGUGCCAUCAGUAGCAAGUGGACUUUUCAAAGGCGCAGCAAGCAGUGGUCUCGUGUGGAGGCAUUAGAACUUUUCCACCCGGAAAAUCUUUGCUUACCCAGUAGUCCAUGUUUGAAGAGUGUUGACUGUGAUGAUAUAUUCCCAGAGCUGGAAGAGAAGCAGGAAGUCUCAUCAGUUCACAGCAGCAGUAGCAGCAGUGCAGGCAGUGAUGGUAUCAGCUUGCCAAAAAGCUCUGAAGCACACGCUACAGACUUUGAGACUAGUCGAAGUUCCUCAAGAUGUUCCUCAAUUAAAUUGCCGUCUGCAGACUCUUCCUUCAGUGGCCCACCAUCUCCAAAUGAGCUGUCCAGUUUUGGUACUGAUGAAAAGGUCACUCAAAAGUUCUCAAAGACCAGGGGAAAGGGUUUGUUAAAGAAAAUGGAAAAGCUUCGAUUAAGAAGUUCUAGUCAGAAAAGGAACAAUCAACAAAAAUGUAGGCCAUUUAUCAGCGCGCCUGUACUUCAGGAAGGAUUUGAUGAAGAAAAAAUGAGAAAUCUCAAUUGUGUUGACAUUGCUGAACUUGAUGAGACCUUUCUUAGACAGAAUCCAUCAUACUCCUCCCAAACCUGCAGUAGUAGCAGUCAAUCAGAGAACAGUAGUACAGUAAGCACACCAAGCCCUGUCCUUCGAACACGGAGCCAAACUUUAAGUAGAAACCGAGAUGGAAUGUAUAUGGAAAGUUUUGAUUCAGCACCACCAUCCUGCAGGAGUGUUAGCCAACAGAACUUUAUAAAUGAGAAGGGUCAACAUGACCAUCUUCUUUUUCAGAUUCCACAAGGCCAUAAACCAGGAACGUUUCCUAAAGCACUUCAGCAUGGUAUUGUUUCACCAAUAGACACUUCAGUAAACUGGAGAACUGGCAGUUUCCAUGGUUAUCGUCGAAGUAGGUUUGGCAGGGACAGUCGGCUGAGCAGUUCAAAGGAGAUUGAUUGUAGACAUGAUUCCCAUGACUUAUUAGACAAUCGAAUAAGUAUUUAUGAUAAUAUCCCAGGGGUGCUUGUUCACCUGAACAAUGGAGAGGCAGCAGAUGCAGCUGACGAUGAAGUGUUUGCAGAGCUGGAUGAUGUCAUGGAGCAUGUGAAUGGCCUUCAAAGAUUCGUGAACAAGUGGUCAGAAAAGUUUUCUGAUGAAGGAGAAUCUGAUUCUGCAAAUGACUCAACGUCUCCUUAUCCAUCCUCUCCAAAGGACAUUCAUCUGGAGAUAGAGAAACAUCUUGGGUGUGUUAAUGAGGAAACACAAGCUAGUAACUUGGACAUUACUGAAAAGUCUGUCAAUGAAUUGGACCCAUCUGUCGUGCAUUACGAGAGGGACUCGGGAGUUGGCUCAUCUUUGACGCACAGUAACAGGCGACAGAGGUUAUGCUGGCAGGGUGAACUGAACUUGGAUCCUCAGCAUUUACACCUACAGAUUGAUGGCCAGUCUGCUGCUCAGCUCAACCUCUUACAGAAAUUGGCUCUCCUGAAGCUCACAACCCUGAUGGACAAAUACUCACCCUCCAGCAAGCAAGGCUGGAACUGGACAGUUCCAAAGUUUAUCAGGAAGAUGAAAGCACCUGAUUACAAAGACCAUGUAGUGUUUGGUGUUCCAUUGUUGCUAAACAUGCAGCGUACAGGGCAUCCAUUACCUAAGGGUAUUCUGCAGGCCAUGUGUUUUCUCAGGAGCCAUUGUCUCGAUCAGGUUGGGUUAUUCAGAAAAUCUGGAGUAAAGUCAAGGAUCCAGGCACUAAGAGAAAUGAAUGAGAACUGUCCUGAUGGAGUCCGCUAUGAAGGCCAAUCUGCAUUCGAUGUAGCAGACAUGGUAAAACAGUAUUUCCGGGAUCUACCUGAACCCUUGUUGACUACCAAGCUCUGCGAGUCAUUUCUCCAUAUAUAUCAGUUUCUUCCAAUAGACCAACAACUUCCAGCUGUGCAGGCAGCCAUUCUGCUUCUUCCAGAUGAAAAUCGCGAAGCUCUGCAGACUCUUCUCUUCUUUCUCUGCGACGUUGUGGCUUGUGUCAAUGAGAACCAAAUGACACCUACAAACCUUGCAGUCUGCCUGGCUCCAUCCCUCUUCCACCUCAAUACCCUGAGAAGGGAAAGCACUACCUCAAGGGUGAGCCAGAGGAAGUACAGUCUCGGGAAGCCUGACCAGAGGGACCUGAGUGAAAAUCUCGCUGCCACACAGGGAUUAUCCCACAUGAUUACAGAGUGUACAAAUCUCUUCCUGGUUCCUGAGCAAUGGGUAGAGCAGUGCCAGAGCUUGUCCAUCAGCCAGGAUUUCCAGUCUGACUGUGAGGAUGGUCCAAACCACUCUGUCUGGUAUUUGAAUGUGAAGGCUGCGCUGCAGGGCUCUUUACACAACUUGCUGAAGGAGGCGAAAGAGAAAUUUAAAGGCUGGAUCAGCUGCUGCAGUGUAGAACAUGUAGAAAUCGCAUACAAAAAAGUUGAUGAUAACCAUCCGUUGCGGUUAUGGAAAGUAUCUACUGAAGUGGACAAGACACCAGAGGAGAUUCUAAAGCAUUUGCUUAGAGAGCAUCAUCUCUGGGAGAAAGACCUCCUUCAGUCAAGGGUCAUUGAGAAUCUGGAUGAUGAGACUGAGAUAUAUCAUCAUACUAUCAGUAGUGCAUUCCCACAUCCAGCCAGAGAUUACAAUGUAUUGAGGACCUGGCAGACAGACUCUCAAACAGGAACGUGCCUGUUAGCUGCCACUAGCGUGGAUGUUAAAGAAGCUCCUUUACUAGGAGUCCGAGCAAAUGUGAUCAUAUCCCAACAUCUCAUCGAACCAAUUGGAGCAACAAAAUCCAAGCUCUCUCAUGUCUGUCGAAUAGAUACAAGAGGACGAACCCCAGAAUGGUACAACAAAGUAUUUGGCCAUCGCUGUGCUGCUGAACUCCUCAAGAUUAGAGACUCCUUCACAGUACCUGAUGCUGAAUUACGGGAAACAAAAAUUUGAAACAAUCAUGCUGUUCAAUUAUAUAAGUUUUGAUCAACCCAACAAUACUGUGUAAGUGCCAUUCAGCCAUAACUGGCAUAUCAAACCAGCAACUGCAGUGGUAAUGGCAGAUGGAACUGGGGACAUUUGGACAGUGCAAACACCCAAAGCAAACUCGCUCAGCUCCUGAUUUCAUGGGGGUGGGGGGGUGAAUGUGUUGGGG